GCGCUCUGACGCCACACAAAUAAUUCUAACCCAGUAAUAACAGUACUUUAAUUCUAUCCACAACCGGAACUAACAAGGAGGACCAGUUCUAAUAUGUGAAAAUAGUUUCCCAUCAUGAGUUCCAUCGGGGUCGUUGUCUUCCGCAAUUCGCCGCUCAAGCCGCAGGUGCUACAAGAAUCUGUAAAUAAUUCAGUGAACAUAACAAACAACGACAAUGUUAGACGUGAAAUCGUCAUUGUUAGAAAGAAACAAAAACUCCAGUCGAACACAGUGUCAGUGUCUUCAUUAGUUAACACCGUAGAGAACAAUAACGGAUUUGCCAAACGUCCAAAGUACCGCGAGAACACCAAUGUGGCUGAAGACGCAAGAAGUGCUACGCCGCUCGCCGUAGCGCGACGAAAUGCGCGGGAAAGAAAUCGAGUACGUCAAGUCAAUGACGGCUUUGCCGCCUUGCGCCGACAUAUACCAGAGGAGGUAGCAGCGGCAUUCGAAAACGCCAAUUCAAACCGCGGACCAAACAAAAAACUCAGUAAAGUGGAAACACUACGUAUGGCCGUGGAAUAUAUACGAAACCUCGAAAGCCUACUGAAUAUUGGACAUACGGAUAAAGAAAACUUAUCGAAUCCAUCAAUGGAAUCUUUUCCUUCUCCAGCGUCGUCUUCGCCUCGGGAGAAUAGUCAAGAACGAAGCUACUUCUGUUUGAACUCUCCUGCUCUAGAGGAUGAGGAUUUAGAAGAAGAUGACCUCGACAGUUCGUUGCAUAAAAUAUCAGCCCAACAGUAUGUUGACCUACAGGCAUCUGAAGCGUUUCAACUGGUAUCCACACCUCGAUUGUAUGAGGAGGAAGAUGGUAAUGGACAGCCCUUGACGCCGUCAUCAGAUCUCCUCGCCCAAGACGAAAUGAACCAGCAUCUUUUGGAUAGCCAUUUUCAAUUCCCGAAUUCCGCUGAGCAGUUCACAGUUAUUCCUGAACAAAAUUAUUGCAGUGAGUCAGAGGUUCAGUUAAGUGAAAGUGAUUUCGAUGUCAAGUACGUCGAUGUGAUUCACCAACAAAUCCAGCCCAAUUACGAUGAAGGUCCAUUACUAGAUUCUAUCAACUCCGAUUUACUUCUCGGCCAGUACAAAUUCAAAGAGGAGACACCCUUUGUUGAAGAGCCGCCAUACAAUGGCGUCGAACUGAAGAAAGAGCUUCCAGAAAUCCACCUUCCAGAAGUGACACCCGAAGACCGCGAACAAUUCGAAGAAACUCUUAAAUGGUGGCAGGAAAAAACAAGACAGGCUCGCAGUCUAUCUAAAAAUAAAACGCCUUAACUAGUUAGGAUAUUAGAAUUUUAUAGUUGCAUGUUGUAAAUAAGUAGUUAGUUAUGUGGUUUAACAUACAGCUGUCUGUGCCAAAGUCGAUGUUCGACGCGAACGCAAGGUGUGUCUGUAACGGUCAUAUCUUUAGAUUAAGUUGACUUUGCGUCUAGCAUAAUUGUAAAUUCAAUUUUUAUUUAUAUUACCUUUUAGAUUGAAGUUCUUACAACAACCAUGUGUAUAUAUGGCACGUUAUGAUACAAACGAAUUUCUAUUGUGCCUUUAAAAUGUGAUGUUAGAUAAUAUUAGCUUAAAUGCCUUAGAUUUAAUUUAUUUAUUAGACGAUAUCCUUGCAUAAUGUUUGUAAUCUGAUAAUCUUAAUCACGUCAUUAACGACACGUCUCUGUAAACCCUUCGAAACAAAACCCUUAUGGUAAUACGGCAAAUUUUUGAGCCUACUUAUUCCUUUGUGAAAGUACCGACUGAUUCGUUCUA